CGUAAAUGCAAACAGCUGAGUGAAAUAAGUAAAUUUGUAAGACAAUUGUAAUUUGUUGUAUUGCGAUUAGGCGGAAAAGACGGGGAAACGUUGUUGCAUUUACAGGGCUUAUCGAUUUUGGCGAGAAACGUUCGGUAGCGUGAAGUCGUUAAGGACAUCGGCCCAUCGGCCGGCUGGCUGUUAUCUCGUCGAUCCAGCUCUGCUUUGAUCGCCAGGCGGCGGGAUGACAAACGGUCCCGUUAAUGAUCUCUUUAUCGGCACCGCACACGACGACCCUGUUUCCAGGGAAAUGAACCGUCCUGAAACCGAACAACACACGGCUCGAAUAUCUGAAAUGAUCAAGUUGGCCAGUUAAGACGACAAGGAAAGCAGCAGCUUUCGCCAGAUGGGAAAGGCCGAGGUGAGGGUCGCAUUACUGUGGGUUUUCCUCGUCUGGGGCACUUGGGCAGUCCUCCACCUGUUCAUUAUUGGGAUACUAUUUUACGUGCACAGUGUUCCGUUAAUAGAAGCUGUGAAGGAGCAGGUAGAAGCCAAGGCCCAGGAAGAAGAGGAGACCGGCAAUUCCACCGACAUCGUUAGAAACUAUCUCGAGCGAAUCGGAGAAGAGUACCUAUCAAGCGCUUACAGGAGCUUUGGGGCAGGCGUGAUAGCAUUCAUCCAAAUCGUCUUGUGCAUAAUGGGAAUACUUUCGUCAAGGAAAGAACAAAAGCGAACGUUCGCAAAGCCACAGGAUGACGACCUCGAGUGAAUACGGGAUACAUACUGCUAGUGGAGAGGAAGUCCUUUGAAGAUAAGAGAAGUAAUGUCCUAAGUCCAAGUAGGAUUCCCAGUACAACCCAACCUGCCCUUUUGUCGGAAUUAUAACGAAUAUCGCGGAGACGAUUGAAUUCUACAAAGACAGUCUUGGUCUGACUAAUAUAGACCAAAACCAUCAUUUUAUUUUAAAGACAUUGUUUUUUGUAGAUAUUUUAUAUUACAUUUUAUUUAUGGA